GUGUUAGUGAGGGAAGACUUGAAAACGUGAUAUCAGGUGUCUCGUAGUUUUGGGUCGCUUUGCGAAUGCGGUGUUUUGAUGGCGAUACCCGUCCGCCUCGCUCAGAUAACGUCGCUCUGGUUGGGCAUGAGUCUGAUGGUGGCUCUCGAAACCGCUGCCGAUCAACAGCCGAUUUUCACCAAUGCGAUACAGAGGGUGGUGCAGACGCAGGCGAGUUCCGCCACCGGUCACUUUAAGCCGCUGAAGAAGGUGUUUCUGUCGGACAGGGCGGUGACGUGUAACGACGGCUCGCAAGCGGGGUUUUACUUGAGAAAAUCGUCGAACAGCAAAAAGUGGAUCAUAUUCCUGGAAGGAGGCUGGUACUGUUACGACUACAACAGCUGCAGGAACAGGUGGAUCAAGCAGAGGCAUUAUAUGACGUCAUCCAAAUGGCCUGAAACCAAAGACGUGGGCGGCAUAUUGUCGCCCGACAUCAAAGAGAACCCCUAUUGGUGGAGCGCCAACCACGUGUUCGUCCCCUACUGCAGUAGCGACUCGUGGAGCGGGUCAAAACGCUCGGAAAAGCAAAGCACUUUCAGUUACAUGGGCUCCUCCAUCGUCCUGCAAGUGGUCCGGGACUUAAUACCGUUGGGCCUCGAAAAUAGCACGGAUCUCCUGCUGGCCGGAAGCAGUGCCGGCGGUACGGGAGUCAUGCUCAAUUUGGAUUUCGUCGACGAGCUCCUCCACGACGAGAUGCAGCUCAAGCAGGUCAAGGUGAAGGGAGUGACCGACUCGGGAUGGUUUUUGGACAGAACUCCCUAUGUUCCGACAAUCAAGACGGCGGUAGAUGCCGUGAGAAAGGGAAUGGAUCUCUGGAUGGGGAGGGUGCCUCGGAGGUGCAGGGAGCAGUAUUCGGACGAGCCUUGGAGGUGUUAUUUCGGGUACAGGAUUUAUCCUACGCUCAAAGCCAAGCUCUUCGUCUUCCAGUGGCUGUUCGACGAGGCCCAAAUGGACGCGGACAAUGUAGGCGCACCCGUCACCAAACAACAGUGGGACUAUAUCCACAAAAUGGGUGACGCGCUCAGGCACAGCUUCCAAAACGUCACCGCAGUUUUCGCUCCAUCUUGCAUAUCGCACUCGGUGCUGACCAAGAGGGACUGGCAAGAGGUGAAGAUCGACGACAUGUCCAUAGCUGACGCCCUCCACUGCUGGGAAAGGAAAGACAACAGAAAGAUAAACAAAAGGAAAAACUACAAAAACAAAAGGCAAUCGGACAGAAACCGCGUCAUUGACACGGGCGAAGUCGCGGGACGGAAUUUGACCAGUGGCGUCGCGGACGACGCCAAGAGGAGGCUCAGAAAUAAACCCGGCCUCAGAAGGAAGCGAAAAGGAAAAGGUAAAAAGAGGCAACCGUAUAGAAACCACGCCGCUAACGCCAUACUCUCAAACGACCUUAUCGCGAGACCGAACGUCCUCAAACGCAGGAGGUCUAACGGACGCAGGUGCGCCCACAGAAGACUUGAGAAGUGCUCUUGGCCGCAGUGUAACCAUUCUUGCCCCAAGCUUCACGAUCCUUACACCGGCGAAGAAAUGGACUUCAUCGAGCUGCUCAAGUCUUUUGGCUUGGACAUGGAAAGCGUGGCUAGCGCUUUGGGCAUCGACAUGGACACCCUGAACAACAUGGACCAGGCUGAGUUGCUGAACAUGCUGACGCAACACUCGAGCUAAACGUACCUCAGU